GUGACCGAUUGGGCCUGAGGAAGGGAACUCUCAAGGCAAAACAGGAUACUUCGAGGAGGAAUGAAGGCAACAGGCAGGAUUUUAGGGUUUUAUAGUGUAGAGAUGGUGAAAUAGGGAGACCAGGAAAACAACAAUUGACUGAGAAGAAGGAGAGUUUAGAUACGUCGAUAGGAUCGUUGAAACUGAAGAAGGUACAGACCAGUCCUUUGAAGGUUGGAGAAAUGCAGUUUUUUAAUGAAAAUGACAGGGAUAACCUGGCGUUCAAAUAAAUUUCUUGAAUCACAGAAAAUCGAUUACUCGCAAAUAAAGUUAUAAAUAAAGACUCAAACGUCCAAAAUGCAAUCAACUUACGGAUGAAUCGAGGCUUCAAGACUGAUUUUUAUUGGAAAUUACAGAGACUUGUUGAAAAUAUAGCUAUUUAUAAGGAAAUAUUUGGCGGUGAGCCAACUUCUAAACCCCCUCUGAGAAGUUCAAUGGGCAAUAGUACCAAUCAGAAUAUAUCUAAACCAACUUCAGAAGCAAGGAAAAGUCGGUGGAUACUACGUAAAGGGGCAAGUAAGGUUUCUCAAAAUAACCAUAAUUUAGUUAAUAAAGUAACUCAGCACCAAAACUGUAGACUUCACUAUCUCCUUCAAAGAAGCCACGAAGCAGGCAUAGUUCAAGUAAAGGCUCAUCUUUCCGUAAGAACUCAAAAGGAAGUUUCAUACUUAAGGCCUCUCCUUUAAGAUCUUCACAGAAAUCCUCUGGAAAGAUAAGCCCUCUAAAGAGCCCAUUGAAUAGCCCACUGAAGAGCC